UCCGCCUAGUCGUAGAAUCCCAGUUUUUUCGUUCUUUCACACUCAUUCUUUUGUAGCGCAGCUUUUCUCCGUGGUAAUCCUUCCAGGUCUUUUAGAUCAAGGUGUUCUGAAUUUCGCUAGAUCAUCCAAAGAGCAGCGGCGCAGGGACUCCUACAGCAAAGAUCUUUAAUUUGCUAUGGCGCCGUGCGCGGAUUUCGCUGCGCUCCGGGCGUCGCCGGCCGACGUGCGGGUCGUCGCGUCCGACGGGAGCAACAUCGCGGCGCACUCCUCCGUUCUUGCCGCGGCGUCGCCGGUGAUGGAGCAGAUGAUCCUGGGCGCGCGGCGCGGGUGGGACGCCGGCUGCGCCGUCGUCUGCGUCCUCGGCGCGCCCUCCGACGCCGUCGCAGCCUUCCUCCGCUUCCUCUACUGCCGCCCCGGCCCCAGAGGGAUGACGGCGGCGGGGGAGGAGGAGUGGGCGGAGGGCGCGGUGGGCGAGCACGGGGCGGCGCUGCUGGCGCUGGCGCACGCGUACCGCGUCCCGUGGCUGAAGCGGCGCGCGGAGGCGGCCGUGGCGGCGCGGCUGACCGCGGAGCGCGCGGUGGACGCGCUGAAGCUGGCGGCGCUCUGCGACGCGCCGCGGCUGCGCCUCGCGUGCGCGCGACUCGCCGGCAAGGACCUGGGCGCCGUCGAGCGGUCCGAGGGGUGGCGGUUCGCGGCCCGGCACGACGCCGCGCUCCAGGGCGAGCUGCUCCAGCUCCUCCACGACGCCGUCCAGAGAAAGAAGAGGUGGGAGAGGGAGCGGGCGUCGCAGCACGUGUAUCGGCAGCUCAGCGACGCCAUGGCCAUCCUGGACCGCAUCUUCGCCGCCGGCGGCGCCGGCGCCGGCGAAGUGUGCGCCGCAGAAGCUUCGCCGUGCGAGGUCGACGGCGUGCGCCGGGGCCUCGAGCAGCUCAUGCGGCACUUCGCCGCGUGCGGCGGCCGGGCCAGGAAGCCCGCCGCCUGCCCGCGCUGCAGGCGCGCGCUCCAGCUCCUCCGGCUCCACGCCUCCGUCUGCGAGGACCGCGCCGGCGCCGGCGAGCCGUGCAGGGUUCCCUUGUGCAGCAACCUCAAGGCCAAGAUGCAGGAAGAGGGAGUGGACAAGACAUGGAAGCUUCUGGUGAAGAAGGUGACCAGGGCUAGGGUGAUGUCGGCUCUGGCCAGCAGGGAGGUACCAGAGGUUGUGAAGAAGUCAUGGGCGAAAUACAGCAGCCGUAGAGCUGCCAGAUUCAGAUAAAAAGGGAAGAUGGAGGAGGAAAUGGUUCUGCAGAAGGCCAGCGCAAUCUUGGCUACACUGUAUGCUUUGGAAGUAUUCCUUCUGUAUUUUUUUUGGGAGGAACACUGAAAUUACACGUUGCAUCUACGACUACGAGUAGCCAAAGAAGCCUGAUGCCUGCAUAUUAUAUGGCAUCCUUGUGACACUGUUGGAAUGGCGCCAAAGUUCAACCUGUACUCAUGAUACAUUCAUAUUCAUUCAUGAAUUUCAAAUAUAAAAAAAGAAUUGUAAGUUA